AUGUCUCAGCACUUUCAACCAAGCGAUGAACGCUCGCCGCUUCUUCAGCAGCAGCCAGAAGAAGCCCGCGAAGAUGAGACCGGCUUCUCUCGCAAUCUCGGGGCCUUCGAGGCGUUCGGGAUCGUCGUCGGCAUCGUGAUCGGCAGCGGCAUCUUCACCUCGCCCGGCUCGAUUGACGCCAACGUGCCCUCGCCCGGCGUCGCUCUGCUGGUCUGGCUGGUUGGCGGUCUGCUGGCGUGGACAGGCGCCAGCACCCUCGUCGAGCUGGGCACCGCCCUGCCCGGCCAGGGCGGCGUGCAGCCGUACCUGCGGCACGUCUACGGCGACGCGCUCGGGUUUCUGGCGGCGUGGACGUGGAUCGUGGCUGUUAUGCCUGCUUCGCUGGCCAUCCUGAGUCUUGUCUUCGUCGAGACCAUCUACACGGCGGCUGGCAUCACGGACCAGGCCACGCGUCUCUCGCACAAGCUGUUCGCCAUCCUCGUCUUGAUCGCGAUCGGCGCGGCAAACUCCAUCAGCACCAAAGUGAGCACUCGCCUGAACGGGUUCUUUGUCGGGACGAAAUUCAUCACCAUACUCGCCGUCGUGGUGGGGGGCAUUGCUGUCGUCUUGCUUCAUCUGUCGGGUGUGGAGGACGAUUCGGUGCCCACGGACUGGUACAGCAGGUCGUGGUUUGACGCCAGAAACACCACCGCGCCAGACGGUAAGGAGAUCGACUGGGAGGAGCUGUCGGGGUGGGAGCUGCUGGGCCAUUUCUCUACAGCCUUGUACGGGGCCUUGUGGGCGUAUUCGGGAUGGGAUAAGGCAAUGUAUAUCACCGCGGAACUAUCACAGCCAGCGCGACAGCUGCCUCUUGCCAUCAAUACCGCCGUUCCUGUCAUCAUCCUGUGCUUCAUUGCGGCGAACACAGCCUACUACAUCCUUCUCCCGUGGAGUGUUGUUUCCACGACUGAUAGCGUGGCAGUAACGGCCAUCACGCACCUUCUUGGCCCAGGCUUUGGUAUUCUGGCUGCCGCUCUCAUCUGUCUGGUCGUCGCAGGGUCUCUGCUCGGCAACUCCUUCGUUGUAGGCCGCAUGAUAGUCGCAGCGGCGAGGUCGAACUGGUUCCCCCCGUUUCUGGGUUAUAUCGGCCAUGUCUUCCCCAAGACUCACUCUAAUCAUCUCUCCGAUGAAUCGACCGAGCAGUCCGACACACCCUUCAACGCCAUCAUCCUCUCUACGAUCCUGCCCAUCCUGUACAUCCUCUGGGGCAACUUCCGCGCUCUCCUCACCUUCACCGGGCUGGGCGAGUAUUCCUUCUUCUUCCUGACGGUGCUCGGGGCGAUCAUCCUGCGGUUCCGGGAUCCCGACCUCCCUCGCCCCUAUAAACCGGGGCUCUGGAUCCCCGUCAUCUUCGCGGUGGUGAGUUUCCUGGUCACCGCGCGGGGAGCUGUCUUUGCACCCGUGCAGGCCUUGGUUCUGAUUGCUCUCUGGUUGAUCGGUCUGGGGUUUUAUUCGAUAAGAAAGCGUUGGAUAGGGUAG